UUGUAAGAUUCACCCAUGCAAGGCAGCAAGAGGUUAACAUCCCUGAUCUCACUUCCAUGGACGCAAGCAUGACAUCUGGUGCGUCCAACCAUUAAAUCCUGUUCCCAUCCCUGCUAAGACAGACAGACAACCAAAGAGCCAAUUACAGCAUGCAUCUACUCCACAGUCAACCAAUAGCAGUCCAGGAAAGGAGGUGGGACGAUUCUGGAUCACAUAGCUUGGGUUUGUGGCAUCCAUGUAGCUGUUGUUGUCUUGAGUGUGGAAUAAAAUGAAAUGAAAGAAAAAGACAAAUCAGCAAAUAUGGGAGAGGUGUGAAUUUGCACUGUGGAAAACAAUGAUUGUGAACAAAGAGGAUCUACCCUUGCAGAUCUACUCAUACUACUGAGAAACAAAGGAGGAGGGGUGAAAGGAGAAAUUCACUCUCCUUUUUCCCCCAUUGCGUGCUUGGAAAAUCUCGGAAAGAUAUCAGCCACAUUUCUCCAUGAUUAGGAUUCUUGGCAGAAGUUCAGGAGAGCACAGAGAUCCUCAUGGCCGAGGCAUGGAAGGGGAUUGAAGGCCAUUAGGGUUGACUUCUAACCACGAGACAACGUCACCCUACAAGAACCAUGUCUUUGGCCACCUUGACCCCAUUCCCCACCCUCAUCCCCACCCGUCCCCUCUCCACCUCCAUUCCUGUUUUCACAAGUUCAGUAGAACCCAGAACUGACCAGGAGAACAUAACUUCCAGGUCCACCUUCCAUUCCAUCACACUGUCCACCAAUGUGACUGUUUUCAACUCCACGCAGCUGCCAAUUGCAUCUGUGGAAGGCGCAGGGAUGGGGAUGGUGCUCGUACUCUUUGGCAUCAUCACAGUAAUUGGGCUGGCCAUCGUCAUGCUUCUGUAUAUCAGGAAAAAGAAAAGACUGGAGAAACUGAGACACCAGCUGAUGCCCAUGUAUAACUUUGAUCCAGCUGAAGAACAGGACGAUCUCGAGAAGGAACUGCUGGACCACGGACGAGACGGAAGCCCAGCAGGACCAAACUCUAAAUUCUGACACAAGGCCUUGUGACUCUGACUACAAGUCAAGGUGCGACUCAGAAACCCAGUCGACUUGUCUUCACUGAUGUGGCCGAUGCGAUUAAUGAAUGACAGCUGGGAAACUGGACGCAUUGGAAUUCUUUAGGAUUCAGGAAUAUACAGAAAGCCACAACAGAAAAGACGGAGCUGUCCAUAUGUUCUGAUCACUAAAGCAACAUGGACUAUAAGCGGUCAAUAAGACACACAUUGAUACGAUUGAGACAUUGUGUUUCUUGUUAAUAUGAAUGAAUGAGAGAAUAAUCAAAUAUGAAGGUUGUUUAUUUAAAAAGGGCAGGACAGCUUUGUGAGAAAUCAUACUAGUUUGGUGAAUGGCAGGAUGACACAGUCUCACAGCGAAGUCGCUAAAUUUGGCUAAUUCAUAUGAUAUCGUGCGACUGCACUCGUUUGAACUCCUACGACUUUCACUACAGCCAAUGACGUCGCUGGACAUCGUUUCCAUCUAAUACACAACAGUUACUUGCUUCUGUCACACACAACAUCUUCCGAUCAUGUUUACACACUCUACUGAUCGGUUAGGUUUAGAUAAGGGGUUUGGGUUAUUAUUGGGUUAAUAUUAAUAAGUAUGUCCUUAAAGCCUGGUGCGCAGAACUCCGCUUUACACAUCCGGGAAUUUGCACGUGAUGAAGUCGUACAAGUUUAUGCGAACAACAUCGUGUGAGACCAUAUGAAAUAGCCAACUCAUAAAAUAUGUAGGACUUUUCAUGAGAGCAGGCUACACUUUAAUUGAUCACAAUUUGCUAUUUAUUCGCAGCUGAAAUGACCUGAAAGUGAUCAUUAUUUGUCUCAAAGCCAUUUGCAGAAACAUCUACAGUUCUGUUUUCAAGCAUUGUGCUCUGAAGAACGUCUAUGCUCCUUUAAAGAAAAAAUACAUCCCAUUUUCCCUGACAACAGCAAUAGUGUUUCAACUGCAGUGAGUAAAGAGUUCCUACUUUAAUUUCAGGCAGUGAUUUUAGAGAGACAGCAUUGCAAAGAUCUUCCAUUACGGCUCAAAAUGACCAAAAAGUGAUUUGCAGUGAAAAAAGUGAACGUGUGUGACCGUGUGUGGGUGCAGAUGAAAUAGCUAAAUGAUGCAAUAAUAGAUUUUCCACUACUCCCUCAAAUAUAAACAGAUCAUUUUAAAGACGUUUCUAAAUUUGUAUGUCAAUGAAGGACAUAAUAAAAACUGAUAUU